CAAUUAAGGCAACCUGCGCGGCCGCGGUUGUGAGUUUGACUUUGGAAAAUUCGGGGUGCGUGAAAAAGGCUUUCCAUGCCCCUAGGUUCGGCAGUAUUCGUCGUGCGUGUCUAUUUUUCAACAUUUGGCCGUGGCGGAGGAAGGUGCUGCGUUGAAAACAACCGCUCCCGGGCCGAAUAAAAUCACUGGGAGUCGUCGCUGCAGAAGAACCCAGAAAAGCGGGAUCGCCAAUCUAGGAAUCCUUCCCAGUGUUCGCUGACGAUUGUUUUAUAUCUCAGAGACUCAUAUCAACUGAACUGAUUUGGUAUUUCCACUGGCAAUUGGAAAUUUUUAAUGAACUCGGAAAAACAGGAAAAUUCGGACGGCGAAACUUCAAGACUUACUGAAGAAUCGUCGUCUACUAGUGCAUCAAAUCAGGCUACCGAAUCGACCGCAGCUGCGGCUGCAUUAGCACUAGCAACAGCAUCAGCAUCAGAAACGCUCCAACCUGAACCUGAGAAGCCAGAAUUAGCAGAAGCAUCUUCGUCCAGUAGCAGAUUAUCACCCCCGCCUCCAUCAAUCGGAGAUAGCGAAUUGAUUGAUUUGCGGAAUCGUUCAGUUCGCGACUCCACCACACAGACGUCACCGAAAAAUCAGGCCUCCACAUCAUCUGAAGGGACAUCUAGCUCAUCUGGAAAUAGUGCUGGAGAUACAGACGAAAUGAAACGUGCAGCGGCUCGAAAGCUAAUUGAAAGAUAUUUCUAUCAAUUGCUGGACGGUUGUGGCAAUCCGAAAUGUAGUAAUAAGUAUUGUGCAUCAAGCGGUGAGGUUGAACAGAUGACGCCAAAUCAAGCAGCUGCACGUGCCAUACAACUUUUCUCGCAAGAUGCUAAACUCUGUGAUGCUCAACCAGCUAAAAUAGCAAAAACGACACAAGUAGAUUUACCUAGUGAUAAGGAAACAACUACUGACACUGCUACAACUACGACAAGUCCACAUCUAUCGCACCACUCAAAAACCACAUCAUCGUCAAGUGCAUCGGCCACAGACUACGAUGAUUCAUCAACAUCGUCUAGAAGUACGCCGACAAGCAGUAGCGAUCGGACAGCGUCUUAUAGCAUUCACCCUUCGAGCUCAGUUCUGUCUUCAAAAAAGACGAGCUACAGUGCAAAGCAGAAAGAACGGUCUGUGUAUCUGGAUGAGACAAAGAUAUUAGAAAUACUGGAAAUAUGCAGUGAAGAAAAAAGCUAUGCCGAGCUAAUUCGCAGUAUUGGCGAAGUGUUUUUAUGCGCCGAUGCAUUAUCGAAGAGUUUCAGACGACAGCCAUCAGCCACCAUCGAUGAUAUGUUGCAAAAAGCCCCAUCAGAUUUGAAGAGUAUGAAGAAGGAAGAUCUGCGAACUCUAGAAGGAGACUUGGAUAAAGAUGAGGACAGUAGCGCCGACAAGGAAGAAAUAUUACCCCUUCAUCAUACAACAGUAGAUCUGCCGAGCCUGAGACGGACUCUGCCGAAGCUGUUCAAGCUAGUUCCAUCUAUUUAUGAGCUCCUCAAUAACGCGCUGAAACCGAUGGCUGCAGCGUUGAGUAUAGACUUACGUAUCAAUAAGAAAGCAGAGGAUAUUGAAAAAAACUUACAUGUCGUGGUGCUCGUUUUUGAGUUAAUUUCCACAGCUCCAUCGGAGUUUCUUGAAGAAGCUCUACCAGAUGUGUGCAAAGCUGCAUCGCAUUUGCCUGUUUGGGCGCAAGCCCGAUUGGCAUGGAUUUGGGCAGAACAUUGCAAAUUGAAUUUACGCAAUCUUCUACAAACACUGCAACAAUUGAUAAGUUUGAAAGUGAUUAGUGAGAAUUUUACAAGAGAUUCAGCUAUUCAAGAUAAUUUAGUCAUAACAUGUACAACUAAAGUCCUUAAGAUUGUUUAUUAUGCAAAUAUUCUAGCUGGUAAAUUGGAAUCGCCCAAGCUCCGGGAGGAAGAGAGUGCCGAUACGUCACUACCGUCUAUCCUGGAAGAAGAUUCACUGUUCAACUACACGAGUAGCAAACAGUCAAGGCCGAGCUGUCUUGAAGACAAGCUUUCAAUAGAGUUAGGUGUGAGUGUUUUGGAUUGUCGAAUACCGUUGUUGCCAUUUGAAGAGUUCUACAAUGAACCACUUAGCGAUGCCAUCGAGAUGGAUAGCGACUAUUUAAAUUAUAAAAAUUUGUCUUCAGAAACCGCAAGAGAAGCAGGAAAUAAAUUUAGUUUCAUGCUUUAUUCGUUUAUUCUGACGCCAGCUACCAAAAUAAUAGCUUUAUAUUAUGAUAGUAGAAUUAGAAUGUACAGCGAACGCCGCAUAAGUAUAUUCCAGACACAGUUGGGCGGGCAAUCACCUAAUCCGUACUUAAAACUGAAAGUGAGGCGAGAACAGAUCAUAGACGAUGCUUUAGUUGAGCUCGAAAUGGUGGCCAUGGGCAACCCGAAAGAUUUAAAGAAACAACUCGUGGUUGAGUUUGUAGGCGAACAAGGCAUCGAUGAAGGCGGCGUAUCAAAGGAAUUUUUCCAGUUAAUAGUCGAACAAAUUUUUAAUCCUGAUUACGGCAUGUUCAUAUAUCAAGAGGACACAAAGACUGUUUGGUUCAAUUCGACGUCAUUUGAAAACGAGGCCCAAUUUACAUUAAUAGGAAUCGUUUUAGGUUUAGCAAUUUAUAAUAAUAUCAUUUUGGCUGUGAACUUCCCAAUGGUUGUUUAUCGAAAGCUCAUGGGAGUGAAGGGAUCAUUUUACGAUCUGGCAGAUUGGAAUCCUGUGCUGUUCAAAAGUUUACAAUCGAUGCUCGAUUACGAGGAUGCAGACAUGGAGGAUGUUUUUAUGCAAACAUUUAAGAUUAGCUACACCGAUGUAUUCGGAAAUACAUUAGAUCACGAAUUAAAGCCAAAUGGUGGCGAUAUUUUUGUAACGCAGGAUAAUAAACAUGAAUUUGUUGAGCUUUACACAGAUUUCCUGCUGAAUUCAAGCAUAGAGAAACAGUUCAGAGCAUUUAGGAAGGGAUUCCAGAUGGUUACGGACGAGUCGCCUUUGCAGUUGCUUUUUAGGCCUGAAGAAAUCGAAUUGCUGGUUUGCGGCAGUAAACAUUUCGAUUUUGUCGAGUUGGAGAAAUCGACAGAGUACGAAGGCGGUUAUACAGAAAAAUCUCAGAUAAUCAUUGAUUUCUGGAGUAUAGUACAUGGACUUCCCGACGAGUCGAAGCGUAAAUUAUUGGAAUUCACGACGGGCUCGGAUCGAGUGCCAGUCGGUGGGCUAAGCCGUCUUAAAUUAGUGAUAGCUCGUAAUGGACCAGAUAGUGAUCGUUUGCCAACGAGUCAUACAUGUUUCAAUGUUCUCCUUCUACCUGAAUAUGCUAGUCGGGAGAAACUAGAAGAUCGUUUACUUAAGGCAAUAAAUUAUUCAAAAGGUUUUGGUAUGCUCUAAGAAAUGUUUGUUUUGCUAACGAGGUUUGCUCUUCGAGUGAUACUGAAAGUUUAUAUAUCCUGAACUGCAAUUGCAGAGAAGCGUAUUAAAAACUGUUGAAAUCUUAAUAUCACUGAACAUCACCUGAUUUUGAUUUAUUGAAUGAAAGGGGUUAAAAUAAGAGAGUGAAAACAAAAGAAGAAAAUAAGCAAAAAUAAAUUCCAUUUGUAUAAACAUUCUUUAUACGCAUAAAUAAACUAGCAGGAAGAGAUAUGUAUAACCAAUAAAACACAAUCUAUUAAAUGAA